AACUCAAGCACAACAAUCUCUGCAUCUAACCCAGCGACCGUAGAGGGAAAUGGCUUCUACUUCAUGCUUCUUGCACCUCAAUGCCAUCACCACCGCCACCACAUCAUCUCCAUCUCCGCAGCGCUCGCUCUGCAACGUCAAGCCCAGCCUUCUAGUGUGCAGGGCCCAGAAACAGGCAGUUAAUCAUGAAGGUGAUGGCAGCGACAUCUCCCGCCGGUUGGCUCUCACCGUCCUCAUUGGUGCUGCUGCCAUUGGCUCCAAGGUUUCUCCUGCCGACGCAGCCUAUGGUGAAGCUGCAAAUGUAUUUGGGAAACCCAAAACAAACACAGACUUCUUACCCUACAAUGGGGAUGGAUUCAAGCUGUCAAUUCCAUCCAAAUGGAAUCCAAGCAAAGAGGUAGAGUACCCAGGUCAGGUGCUCCGGUAUGAGGAUAACUUUGAUUCUAACAGCAAUGUCACCGUUAUGGUCACUCCAACUGACAAGAAAUCCAUUACGGACUACGGUUCCCCUGAAGAAUUCCUCUCUAAGGUGGACUAUUUGCUUGGGAAACAAGCUUUCUUUGGUGACGCUGCAGAGGGUGGAUUCGACCCAAAUGUUGUGGCAGUAGCUAACAUAUUGGAGAAAUCAACUCCAGUUAUUGGAGGGAAACAAUACUACUUCUUGUCAGUAUUGACAAGGACUGCAGAUGGAGAUGAAGGUGGGAAACACCAACUGAUCACGGCCACCGUAAAUGGCGGGAAGCUUUACAUCUGCAAGGCGCAAGCCGGAGACAAGAGGUGGUUUAAGGGAGCCAGAAAGUUUGUGGAGAGCACUGCUAGUUCUUUCAGCGUUGCUUAAAUACUGUUGAACUCACAAUUUUCUCUUGUAAAAUUCUUGGUGAAACUAUGAUGCUUGUGUUUUGAGUUUGUCUAUCUAUCCCACUCCUAAUCUUAUCCUUUUUCUGGAGAAAUGUGGAUAUUCUAUCUAUUUCUGAUAUUCCUCAUUUCAAAAUACAUUUCAGGGUCAUUA